GCCCAGUGCAGUGCCCGCGCUGGAAUCGGGCUGGGAUUGGCUGUGCCCUUUCGCGCCUAAGGAAGUGGUAACUUUGCUCUUUGUCUAGAGAGGGUAUAAAUAUUGGGGGGCUUCCCGCCUUUGGGGGUCCCCUCCUUGGAGUUUGUUCCCGCUUGGAGUUCAUUCCUGCCUGAACCUUCGUGCUUGCCUGAGAGUUCUUCCCCCCCCCAACUCACCUGGCCUGGAUGCAGAGAGAUCUUCAAAGACUGCUUCACCUAUUGACAUCCUUUGUAAGCCUAACGACCCUUAAUGGUCCACCUACAGCUGCUGAAAGGGAAGGAGAGAGAGAGACAGACCGCAGGAGGAAGUCAGCCUGAUAAGGCUGGUAUUCUCCUUAAAACUCCAGCAACCUGUGAUAGUAAGAAGAGCCUUGUUAAAACUGCGGUGCCUAAGGACAUGACAAGCAUGAGGACUGAGAAUAAAAGGAGUCACAUUUCUCUGGUGCUACCCUAGAGGAAAGCUGAAGUAAUCAUAGAAGAAAUGACUACUGGGAAAGAAGCAUAUGUUUAUUGCCAACGUGCUGCAUAACUGGGGGAAGAGAGGUGCAUGACCAUUAUUUUGGAGCUGUCUUCACCCUGCACUGCUUCCAAGCAGCCAGAAACUGAGUUUCCAUUCUUCUGUCAUCUCAGUCGCUCAGCUGAACACAUGAUUUCUGGCAUAAGAGAGAAGAUAUGGCUGUUUGUUGCUGUGACAUGUUUGUUUGGGGGGAUUACUUAUUCAGAAGAACUUAGAAAAAUUAAAAGAGCUGUGGACCCUGAAGCGUUUAUGAAUAUUAAUGAUCUCAUUGCUUACAAAGGGUAUCCUAGUGAGGAGUAUGAAGUGGCAACAGAGGAUGGUUAUAUCAUUACCAUUAACAGAAUCCCUUAUGGUACACAGAAUCAGGAAAACCCAGCUCUGAGACCUGCUGUAUUUCUCCAACAUGGAUUAUUGGGAGAUGCUAGUAACUGGGUCACAAACCUACCCAACAACAGCUUGGGCUUCCUUCUAGCUGACGCUGGCUUUGAUGUUUGGAUGGGAAAUAGCAGAGGGAAUCGCUGGUCCAGAAAACAUCAAAAUUAUUCCAUUGACCAAGAUGAAUUCUGGGCUUUCAGUUUUGAUGAGAUGGCAAAGUAUGAUCUUCCAGCAGCAAUAAAUUUCAUUGUGGAGAAAACAGGACAGGAAAAGUUGUACUACAUUGGUUAUUCACAGGGUACAACCAUUGCUUUUGUUGCAUUUUCAACAAUGCCAGAGCUGGCUCAAAAAAUCAAGCUCUAUUUUGCAUUGGCACCUGUCACUGCUAUUAAGUAUGCUAGCAGCCCAGUAACGAAACUCCUCCACCUUCCUGAAAAAAUCCUGUGGAGUUUGCUUGGCAAAAGAGAAUUCCUUCACCAGACUGAACAUCUAAGAAAGAUCAUAGCCCCUGUUUGUAGCCACCGAGCUUUUGCCAAGCUGUGUAGAAGUGUCUUCUUCAGUCUGGGUGGCUGUAACCUGAAAAAUAUUGACAAGAAGCUAAUCGAUGUGUACAUUGCACAAACCUCCGGUGGAACUUCUGUGCAGAACAUACUCCACUGGAGUCAGGAGGCCCGCUCAGGGAAGUUCCAAGCUUAUGACUGGGGCAGUUCAGAGAAGAACAUGGGGAAAUACCAACAGGCUACUCCUCCUCUCUACAACGUAGAAGAGAUGACUGUACCAACUGCAGUAUGGACUGGGGGGCAAGAUUUGCUUGCAGAUCCCAAGGAUGCAGCCAUUUUACUGUCUCAAAUUAAGAGUCUCAUCUAUCACAAGAGGAUUCCUGAAUGGGCACACUUGGAUUUCAUCUGGGGGUUGGAUGCACCUUUGCACCUGUACAAUGAGAUAAUUGAUCUGAUGCAGAAGUAUCCUUAACUCAGAAUGAGUAGUCACACCCAACUCAUUCAAUGACACUUGCUUCACUGGAUAUGUACAAAAACCUCUUUUGCAUCAGAUGGUAGCUCCUGGAGUCAGAGAAAGGCUUUCUCCUGAUGCAUUUUGUCACAGCAUGUACCACUGCAAUGUGCUUUGCAUCCUGAUGGUGCACCUUUCAUUUUCUGGCAUCCUUGUGGGUCAGAAACCAUUUUUCAAUUGAUGCAGCCCAGAUUCUGAAAUAACCAUACCUGGCUAACAGAAGAUAGGGCUUUCAUGCAGCCUGCGCUCUUCUUUAAAGACUAAUAGUAAUGCAAGCAUUUAAUUUCUCUGACCACAGCAAAUGAUCCCAAGAUGCUUUUAAUUCAUCUUAUUAUUUCUUAGUUUAUUGGGCUGAUGGUAGUGUUAGCCGAAACUAAUUCUAGCAGUUAUGGUUUUGAUUCAUUUUAUUAUUGGGUGGGAAGAUGACUAGAAAAUAAAAUCGGAGUUCACAGAAGAAAGGCACUCCUGAAAACAGAUGGUUUAUCUUCAUUUGAAAUGGGGCUGCUCACUUUUUUUCGUGAGGGAAAAAGGACAAGGGUCAAGGGACACAGUGAAGGUAGACACAGCAGAGUACCGUAGCCAGUCUUGUGGUUCAAGGACACAUCUGAAGAUGGGAAAAUUGGGUUCAAGUCCAUCCAUACCCCGCAAGGAUAGAGAGAUAUCGGCAGAGUCAAUCUCUGCUGCCAGCACUUUGGGGAUCUGUGUAUGUAAACUAUUCAGGACGGGAGAAAGGAGCUGAUUUCAUCUUGGCAAUGACAAUACUUCAACGGGACACUGACUCAAAGUUACUCAUUCUCAUUCUUCAUUCUCUGAAGCCAGCAGCCAUCUCACAUCUGCUAUUUCACAUAAAAGUUGGUGGAUACCACAGAGCAAA